AUGGGCAGGAAGCGUGCUGCCAGCGCGGCCGUCCCAGCCGCUGGCGGCCCCUCUGGGGGCGCCGGCGGCCGCGGAGCGCGCGGCGGCGCUCGCGGUCGGGGCAGCGGGCGUGGCAAGCGCGCCAAGACGGCAUCAGCGAGCGAGAGGGAGGCGACCUUGGUGGGGCCGCUGGUGAUCAGGAAGAAGACUACGGACACCAGUGGCGGAGGAGUUUGCGGGCGCUGCGGGGCCACUGAGAGCAGUGACAACCCCUUCCCCGACGUGAAGAUGCCCAACGAGCAGAUCCAGAAGUUCGCCCACGCGUGCUCCUACCACUUCUGCGGCUACGUGAAGGGCAAGUUCUGGAUGGACUUCAACUGGUCUUCGAUGUGUGCCGCGUGCGAGCAGGGCGAGGAGCUUGCCGAGAGCUUCGAGGCGGCCUGCGAGACGAUCGACGGCAGUCGCGAGGCCUCCUCCCUGCCGCAGGCCGUAUCGACGGACCACCAGACAGGCAUCAUGGUCUUUUCAGACUGCAUCUUGAUCACGGAGAAGCAGUGCCAGGCCGACAUCGCCCCGACAGGGGCUUCCGCCUUGCUGCCGUCUCAGGCUGGCGAGCGCGAGACGACGCUCCAGAACGAGAUGAAGGGCGAGUCCGUCACAGGAAUCUUGGCGAGGGACCCGCAGUCGCCCUACCUCAAGGUGCGCAGGUUCAGCACGGUGAUGGGCAGCCGCGUCGAGAAGGCGCUGGGCGCAGAGGACUACUGCAAGGGCGGCGCAGGCAUCGCUUGCGAGGACGUGAUCAACAGGCUGCUGCGGGAGGGGCUGCCCGUCUCAUUGAGGGGGCACGUCGACAUCCCUACGGUGUCCGAGCUCAAGCUUCGAGCCGUCGGCGCAGCCAGGGCGCUCGGGCUGGUCGGGUCCGAUGGGCCUCACGGGCUCUCCCAGGUGGCAGGCGGGGGCCCGCUCGCGAUCGCUGACGCAAUCGUUGACGGCACCGUCGGCGACUCAGGGCUUGCUGCACAAGGGCCACGCGGCGGCCAGGCGACUGGCAGUGGCGGGGCUGUCGUUGCCCAGCAGCCCGAGUCCGAGGCGUGCGGACAUGUUCCUGACGGACUCGACGGAGAUGGUGCAAGCGUUCCGAGGCUCGAUGUGACUGCUGAGCCGUCGGUCGCGGGCAAUCGCAGCGACCGUCGAGGAAGCGCAAGCGCCGCGGCGUGCCAGACGCCACCGUCCGCCAAGGGGAAGACCCCGCCAGCCGAUGCGAAGGAGAGGGAUCGGUACCAGGAGAUCGUCGCCAGCAUCAACAUGGGCCUCCUCUUGACGAAGGGCGCCAACCGCAGCAUCGGCGAUCGCAUUUACGCCUUGAAGCGCUUCAAGCCGAAGAGCGAGCUCAUCGAGAGCCUCCAGCGGACGGCACUCGCCGACAUCGAGACCUGCACCUCUCUCGGUGGCAACGCGCUGGGGGUCAUGUCGCUGGACACGCGGGUCCGCUUGCUCCAGAAGAUCAGGCACGUGAAGCUCGACGGCGCCGGGUCGUGGAUGAUCAACUUGUGCGCGGUGGCGACCAGGGAGGCCAACGAUCCGAGCAUCAAGGUUGACAUCGCACUGCCGUGGAAGUCUUAUACGGGAGGCCCCGAGGUUGGAGAUUUCCAGCCGCUGGCGCCGUCGAUGGCAGAAGUCGGCAUCGCAGCUGACCGCAUCAUUGACGAGGGCAGGGAUUUCUUCAUCAGCAACGUGGUCUUGCCUUUGACUCGGGCGGACGUAGUCGACACGGAGUACAUGAGUGCCUUGGUCAGUGCCCUCCUCGUGCGCGUCGGCGACCAGGCGAUCCGCGAGGAGGCUGGCCCGUGCAAGAACCUCGCCUACGAGAUCUUCGUGUUCACCGAGGCCGUUCGCGUGUUGCUCGACUCAUUACCCACGGCGCUGCUGGAGUGCACGUGCAGGUCUGAUGUGCGCAAGCUCCUGCGAGAGGAGUUCGGGGCGACGUGGCGCACCGUCGUGACCACCUUCGGUGCUGAGUGGCAGGAGGUCAAUCACGUCAUGGAUAUCGUAUCGGGGCCCACUCCCAUUAGCGAUGCUAGCAUUCAGGAUGUCAUUGGCAAUCUGCUGGAAUGGGGCGCAUUCCUCCGCAAGGGCGCCGCUUCUGGCAUGCUGGACUCGUUCCACGAGCAGGUGGUCGGGUGGAUUGGCGUCCAGACCGCCCAGCUGGAACAGGGAGGACACACGCCGACCAUGGACUUCUCGAAGGGCCUGAACUUGAAGCUCCUCGAACUCAUCUCCGAGAUGCCGAAGAUCCGCGGCGUGGACGAGGUCGCCAUUCAGAAGUUCAACAAGCUGCAGAGCAACGUGGAGGCGAUGGGGUCUAAGUUCCACAUCCACGGCCAGGCUGCCAAGCUUCGCGAGGCGUGCUCACAGUUCGACCCUUCUGACGCGAACUCCGUGAAGACCAUCACUGGCGCGCUGAACUCCACUAUGGGCGAAUUGUUCGGUUCACAAGCUUGCGUGGCCGCGAUGGGUUCUUGCGCCCAGGUCUGCUUGUCGCACGCUGCAGCUGUGGGUGCCGACUCAGUCAAGAGAUGCGAUUUCACGUCGAACUUAGCCGACUAUGCCGAGAAGAUAAAGACCAUCGCGAUGAUUGCCACCGAACUCUUGAACCGCAUCCUCGAUCCCAACGCUGAGGCCAAGCAUAUGAUGACUACGUGCAAGUGCUUGCGCAUCCUGCUGACCCUGAUGGUUCAGGUCGGGGAGCUUGUCCAGGUCGAGCCGUUCUCCGAG